GUUGAAUUUGAACAACACCUCCCUGCCUGUAUCUCGUCAGUCAUGCCACAAUCACCUCUUAUUCAAGCUCCGAUCCUGAUAAUCGGCGCCGGGGUCGCCGGACUUACGCUGGCGCAAGGGUUACGACUUCGCUCCAUCCCCUUUCGCAUAUUCGAGCGCCAGGCACAAACGCACAUCAAGCAGGGCCAUCGAUUCCGCAUUUCGAGGGAAGGCCAGGCCGCCCUCAACAGCGUACUCUCGCCGGAGCUCCAGGACCUGCUCCGGCGCACCACUGCUGACCGACGCCACCAUGCGCCACGAUACGUAGACGCCAGGAAGCUUGAAUUCCCGGUCGCCGUGCCGGUGGACCCAGCGGAGUCGAUGCCGCUCGACAGGACCUUCUUCCGGAUGCUGGCCUCGCUUGACUUACAGGACGCCAUUCACUACGAGAAGGAAUUUGAGUCGUACGAGAUCGUCGAAGGUCAUGUACGGGUCAAGUUCACAGAUGGUUCGGCCGAACAUGGGUCGUUACUCGUCGGUGCGGACGGGCUCAGGAGCCGUGUUCGAAGGCAACUCCAGCCAGAUCGCAAGCUGUUGGACUUGGAGCGCUGGGUCAUGUGGGGUCGAACGCCACUGACGGAUGACUUGAGGGAGGCACUCGGUAAUACGCCAGAUCUCUUGAGUUGGUGUAUGUGCCUGGAUCACGAGCCGAAUGUCCAGACCGUCAUCGAACCGAUGGUGUGGUCGACCAGUGUACACCGUGAAUCGCACGGCAAGCUACCAGACUUUGACGACUACGUGUACUGGGUUGUUUGCACCGCGCCAUCGCAAUAUGCGGAGCUUUUGCCAAAGACAACGGAGGAGAAGAGGCUGUACAUGGUGCGAGUAUCUGAGUCGUGGCAUCCAGCAUUGAAACUCCUGCUCAGUUCUGCUUCCCACGAACUGUCCGCUUGCGUUCCGAUCUUAUCCAGCCAGCCGGAUAUUCAAAUCUCCUCAGGUGACCAUACCGGAAUGGUCACUCUAGUCGGUGAUGCAGUACAUGCAAUGAGCCCCAUGGGUGGCUCCGGUGGGGAUACAGCAAUUCGAAACGCUGCAGAUUUAGCACAGACAUUAGCUGCAGAAGGCAUCACCCACGACAGCAUCAAGGAUUUUGAGGCAAGAAUGGAAGUGAGGGCAAAGGAGAAGAUCGAGCACUCAUUUAGAGGUGGAGUGAAGUUUUAG